AUGGAGAUUCAGAAACUGAACCCAAAAAGGUACGCGGUGGCGGUUAUGACAUUCGGAGCGGCGUGCUCCCCGAGCUGUGCACAUUACGUGAAGAAUCUGAAUGGCAAAAGAUUCGAAAAGCAGUAUCCAAGAGCUGUCGAAUGCAUCAAAUACGAACAUUACGUCGACGACAUGCUAGCGAGUGUUGAAACCGAACAAGAAGCAGUGAAGCUUGCUAAGGAAGUACGAUUCAUACAUUCUCAGGGAGGCUUCGAAAUUCGUAACUGGCUAUCCAACUCCAGUGCCGUCGUCGAAAACUUGCACGAGAAUAACACGAAGGAGAAGAACAUGAGUUUUCCCGCAGAGAUGGCCACAGAAAAGGUGCUUGGAAUGUGGUGGGAUACCACAACUGAUACGUUCACAUUCAAGUUGUCACCUAAGCACGAUGUGGAGCUACUCUCUGGUGCCAGAAUACCUACAAAACGUGAAGUUCUGAGGACGUUGAUGGCAAUAUAUGAUCCGAUGGGACUCAUCGCCAAUUUUCUCAUCUACUUAAAGAUCCUGCUGCAGGAAAUUUGGCGCUCCGGGUGCGGUUGGGACGACGAGAUCAGUGGCAAGCUAGUCGAGAAAUGGACCACAUGGAUCGAAGCGCUGCCGAAUGUUCGUCAAGUCAGCAUCCCUCGUUGCUACCGAGUUAUAACGUCCGCCGCGUCGACGAAUAGGGUAGAAUUGCACAUAUUCUGUGAUGCUAGCGAGAAUGGAAUAGCUGCCGUAUCAUACUUCAGGGUCAGCGAGCUUCUCGAUACAACGCAGGUGAAUGAGUGGAGAUGGCUUCCAACUAAAGCAAAUGUAGCGGACGAGGGGACGAAAUGGCAAAGGAUGCCGAACCUUCAGCCUAGCAGUCGUUGGUUCCAUGGACCGGACUUUCUGCGGCAGCCUGAGAAUGAAUGGCCUGGUUAUAGUGGAGAUCAAGGUGCAACCGUAGAGGAGCUUCGUUCAAAUAUUCUUCACCACACAGUAACAAAACCACUGGUAAAUUUCGAACGCUUUUCAAAAUGGAAACGGUUACUUAGGUCGGUUGCGUAUGUUCAUCGCUUCGUAUCGAAUCUUCGUAAGCGCGCCAGGAAGACUUCCAUCGAGCUCGGCCCACUAACGCAGGAAGAGCUGAAGCUAGCAGAGAACAUUAUUUACCGGUCAGUUCAACAGCAGGCCUAUCCAGGUGAAAUCCAGGUGCUGCGCAAUGGUUCAACAGAACACUCAUGGGAGCGCACAUUACCGAGAAACAGCCCGCUGCACAAACUGAAUCCGAUCAUCGAUGAGCACGGUGUCUUGCGAAUGCGAGGACGUAUAAAUGCCUGCGAUUGGGUUGAUGAAGCCACCAAAAACCCGAUCUUGCUUCCGAGGAAAAACUACGUGACUCAGUUGGUGAUCGCCGACUAUCACGCAACUUACAGACAUCAAAAUCACCAUACAGCGUUGAAUCAGAUCCGAUUAAAGUAUUACAUAUCCCGUCUCAGAUCAGAGUUUGAUCAAGUCCGUAGAAGAUGCCAACGAUGCAAGAUUUUUAAAGCAAAUCCACAGCCACCAGCAAUGGAAAACCUGCCGUCUGCCCGGUUGGUAACCUUCCAGCGACCAUUCUCUUACACUGGAGUCGACUAUUUUGGGCCGAUGUUAGUGCUAGUUGGCAGACGAACUGAGAAAAGAUGGAGAGUCCUGCUUACCUGCAUGACGACCAGAGGCGUGCACGAUUCGUGCAUCUUAGCUCUACGCAACUUCAUUGCAAGAAGAGGACCGCCGCUGGAGUUCAUAAGCGACCGAGAUACGAACUUCAUAGGAGCUUCCCAGGAGCUGCACGAAGCCCUCAAGCACAUUGACGAGGAGAAACUUAUGAUAGAGUUCGUCAGUCCUGUCACCAAGUGGACCUUCAAUCCACCAGCCGCCCCGCACUUUGGCGGCUGUUGGGAGCGUUUGAUCCAGUCUGUCAAGCGCACCAUGAAAGAUUUCGACCUUCCGCGUUUGCCAUCGGAUGAGAUUCUUCGCUCCACACUGAUGGAGAUAGAGAUGAUUCUGAAUUCAAGACCGCUUACUGACAUACCAUUAGAUACCGACACUGAACCCCCUCUAACACCAAAUCACUUCCUGUUAGGGUCUGCUGAUGGGAAUAAGCCCCCGAUCAUUUUCGAUGACAAACCUUCUGUACUAAAGCAAUCGUGGAAGAUGGCCCAGCUGUACGCCGAUAACUUCUGGAAGAAAUGGGUGGUCGAAUAUUUGCCCACAUUGACGCGUAGGACAAAAUGGUUCCAGCCCAUCAAACCCAUCCAAAAGGGUGAUCUAGCGUUGAUUGUAGAUGCGAAACUUCCGAGGAAUUGUUGGCCACGAGGACGAGUGAUCGAAGCGAUCCAAGCCGAAGACGGACAGGUCCGUCGUGUAACCGUGCAAACAGGAACUGGACUGAUGGAAAGGCCAGCGGUCAAGGUUGCUGUAUUAGACGUCGGUGCAACAGGAGUUUUUCCGGGUCAGUCAACCCGCAGAAUACUGCCCAUCCAGAUUCGCUACCUUCGGGAGGACCAAUCCAGACCACAGGACGUUCCAACCGGUGAAACGCCUCUGGCGUACACGAAAGCUUCAUCACCACCAUUGUGUCCAACCUCAAGUCUGCUCGAGGCCAGCCAACCAACGCGUAGAUCUUCUUCAAAGCUCAGCCAGGCUACGCAACCAUCGUACUCCACUGUUCCGGGCAUCCAAACCUGUCACAACCCUGAAGCGCCACGAAAGGUAUGUCCCCACGUAUCCUACUUCAUGUCGCAUGACUACUCUAAAGGUACCCAACGUCAUCAAACGGCCGCAUCGAACUAA